UGGUGAUUCGAGGUGUAGAAGUGACUGAGACCAGCUGCAAAGAGUCGAGCGGGAUCUACAUCUGCAGCACGCGACAACACGAGAGCACGUGAUGCGGAACAGCUGCGCGCGCCAAGCUCUCAACUUUCCGUACCGAGCUUCGCGAGUGAACGUUUGCAACAACACUCGACCAACGCGCUUUGAACAUGUCUGGACUCGCCGAUUAUCUGGCCAAGAAUUAUCUCACAGCAGACUCGGAAAAGAAGUCCAAGAAGCGCAAGAGGAAGAACAAGGAUGCCGGACUCAUCAUUGACGACGACGACAGUCUGGGCUGGAAAGACAAGGCAGACGACGACGACGAGGAUGCGCCAAUGAUAGUCGGUGGAGGCACACUCAAAAAGUCCAAGAAGAAGUCCAAAGGCACCAGUGCCGCAACAUGGACAGCAGUGGGUGUCGCCGCGCCCUCCCACGCCGAACAACUCGCAGCCGAUGCAGCUGCCGCCGACGCCAUUAUAGCAGGGACCGCCGCCGAUCGCCAAAAAGCUGCUGAAGCCGAGGAUGAAGCACCAGAGAUGGUAGACACAGACGGCGUCAUGAGGAUGGAGUCUGGCGCUAAGGCAGGACUGCAAAGCGCCGCUGAGGUCGCGGCAGCAACGAAGAGAAAACAAGACGAGGACAAGCGCAAGGCCGAGGAGGUCGCAAAGGAAUUGGGGAGCGCCGCGCAAGAAACUAUUUACCGAGACGCCAGUGGUCGCAUAAUCAACGUCGCAAUGAAGCGCGCAGAAGCGCGCAAAAAAGCCGAAGAAGAGGAGCGCAUAAAGCGGGAAAAGGAGAAGGCAGCUCGCGGAGAUGUACAGAACGCAGCGGCCGAGCGCAGGAAACAACAGUUACAGGAUGCAAAGACAAUGACCAUUGCGCGGUAUGCAGAUGAUGCAGAACUCAACGACGAGCUGAAAGAACGGGGGCACUGGAACGACCCGGCUUCAGGCUUUCUGCGCAAGAAAAAGGCUGGACGUAGUAUUACCGGCAAGCCUCUGUACCAAGGACCAUUCCAACCAAACCGGUACAACAUCCGUCCAGGGCAUCGGUGGGAUGGCAUCGAUCGGGGAAAUGGGUUCGAGAAGCAGUGGUUUGAUUCGAGAAACCGCAAAGCAAAUAUCGAGAAGCUGGAGUACCAAUGGCAGAUGGACGAGUAGGCUUCUGGACCUGUUCUUAGCAAGCUCUCCAGAGCUCUUGUAGGGACAUGACAUGGAUAUUAUUUGCAUAGCGAGGCGUUCGGAUUUAUUACAUAUAAGACGCUGCAGGAUAUAGAUCUAUCGUCGUUUUCAUGUUAGACCCU